UGAAGAGGGUGCUCCACCACUCCUCUCAGUUCUGGGGGAUGAGCAGCUUUAAACACGUGGAUGUGUCUGCGGUGUCCUGAGCGCGCGAGUCGACGCAGCGCAUCUGACGAGUCAUGUAAGUGCAAUGAACACAAGCAAACUCACUGUGUUUCAUCUCUUGUCUGUGCGUGCAGGCACACGGCGAUCAGUGCGAGCUCAGAUCUCCCAACGAGAAGAAGUCAAGAGUUAUGGAUGCCCUGCUUGGCCAGGGCAAGUACGACGAAGCAGCAACUGCAGCACAGGCGGCGCUCGAUCAGCUGAGCGCCUCGCCUGAUGCCACUGAUGCUGCUUUGUUCUGUCUGCGGCGCCGAGGGCUGGUGUGCAUCCUCGUCAAGGCGCGGCUGCGAUGCAAGACCUUCUCGGACGUUGUGCAGCGCGUCAAACCAUUGCGGGAGGCGACACAAGAGGAGCAAGCACUGCGGCAAAAGGAGAUGGCGGCACUGGCCAAGGAGAUCAGCGAUGCCGAGCGAAUGAAUCAUCAGGCGGCCGGCGCCUCGAGUCAUUCGUCCGCCCGCGUGCUGCCAAGUGAGCUGCUGCUGUUGGUGGAGUCACUGAUUAUCCAUGCAGAUCUGCUCGACGCACUGGGGAGGACCGUCGAGGCAGCGGAGAGGUGCGAGUGGCUGUUUACUGUGCUGCACCUCUUGAGCACGGCCUGUCCUGCCUCAACAGCCGCCACAUCUUGGUCACAGGACAGCCUGCAGGAGCAUGAGAGGGAUCACCAGUCGACGAGGGAUCACCGCUAUGUGGGUGCGGCCGCUGUUGUUGAGAACGCCGCCUUCAUGCCGGCCUACCACUAUGCCAUCAUGCGCAUGCCACAUCUGCUCACCAAGGCGGCGGCACACUCCAGGGGACAUGCUACUCAGGUGAAGAUGAUGUCUGAUUCGGAUGACCCCGCGCCCCUCUUUGCCCCCGAUCCCUGUCUAUCUGCUCUCGUCAAGACUUGGAGGAUGCCGGGGCACCGGGCAGAGGUCAAGUGGUGUUUCAACCGGCGCAUUGUGCAGGCAAUGUGGGCGUACCGGUCAGCUCUGCUGCGGCCGGUCUACCCCCUGCCGCCGGCCUUCCACAAGGCCCUCAGGAGUGGGCUGGCCAAACUGCUGCUUUACCACUGCUCUGACACCGACUACACCCCCUUGACGGGUGGGACAAAGGGCGGGGCGCUGACGGCCAGACAUCAUGACAAGGAGAACGUGUUCAUGCCGCAGAGUCGAGUGGAAGAAGCGCUUCUAUUGCUGGGGUACGGACCUAGGCACAUGAAGGCGGGGCGGUCAUCUGGCCGGCCGGCUGGGAAUGUGUGUGGUGUGUGCAUGCAGGUUGUCCGAGUCUGUCGACUUCUGGCUGUUGAGUCGCGAGAAGCAGACGGCAAAGGGCCAGGACGGUGCAAGCAGCCAGCAGGCAUCAGAUGACCCCGACAGGGACAGCCCCGGGGCCCUGCUGCUCUCGCAGGACCACAUCCACAUGGCCACCCUGCCGUCGACAACGGUUCAGACUCAGCCCCUGUGGCUACCCCGAUGCGACUCCCACCUCAUGCCGCCUCUGCCCUGCAACCCCCGCAUCAACCCCUUCAUGCAGCUGUGGGAACCCAUACCGCCACUCGCAAAGCGCAGCCGAGGCGCUGGAGACGUCAGGACCACAGAGGAGGGCCUCUCCUUCACCGAGGGUGAUCCGACUAGUCCUCACAGCGACGUCAGCCUCUCCCUCUACCCGCCGGCCCGGCUGCUGGAGCGCUCCAUGGUCUUCUUCCUCAACUCGUCGGCUGCCUGGCUCCGCUUGUCGCUGGCCAAGUACGUGGAUGGCUUUGUCAGCCUCACCAUUAAGGCGAUGGAAGAAGCAAACAGAAUACACAACGUACGUAAACCUAACACCCACACGGACCAAUAUCACACACGCUAGCUAGUUUGUGCCCACCUCUGUUUGUUUGUGCAGGGUGAGGGUUUUCUGGCGGCGGCGGCAUUGCUGCGGUCCGAGGAGGCGCGGCUCAAGGACCCUGGGAAGAUAGCCAGGCGCGACGCCUUUGAGGACCUCUUCGACUCGGGCUUUGCGGUGAUGUUUCAUGCCACUGAGAUGCUCAAUGACGCACAGCCACUCAAAGUGAGAUCAGCAAGGGCAGAACACAUGGAAUGCAUGCCGUGGUUUAUGUCAGCUGUCUGUCCUUGUGUUGUCAGGCCCUGGAGCUGCUGGCAGUGCACCUGCCAGCAUUGCAAGGGGUGGUUCGCGGUCAGUGUCUGCACGCCAUGGGGAUAGCCCACUUCAUGAUGGCUCGUCAGAGCAUCGUCGCUGACACCCGCAAACACCACUACAACACGGCCGAACAAUUCCUCAGGGUAAGCUUGUAAUUAUCGAGGAGGAAGAGGACAAGGAAUGGCGUCACUGGUUGUGAUUGUUCCCCCGGUUACCUACCAGGAGGCGUGGAAGAUGGACUCAUCUAACGCACUGGUCGGCUUCUAUCUGGCGUUAACCCUGGCCCACCUGAGUGUGGUGCCCCCCUUGCCAGCGCACCACCCCCACUCGCACUCAUCUGCAGGGGGCAGGAGGGGGCCUGAUGCCAUCCGCGAGGCUCGCCAAGUGGUGGACAGAGUCAUCAACCUCCCAGGCGGAGGCGGCAGGUGCCUCCCACAGGUACCACGGCAGGGAGGGAGGCAGGGAGGGAGGGGUGUGUUCAAUGAGCAACUGUGUCUGUCGUAUUCAUGGUUGUCUGUCACCCAGGUGUGGGGUCUCGCAGCUCUGUUGCGGUCGAUUGUUCUCGUGCGGCACCCGGACCACAGCCCCCAGGCACACAAAGACACGGCCAAAGGCGGGGGGGUCGCUACUGACAAUGACAACACAGAGGGCCUCAGGGCAGCCCUCACGCUCAUCCAUGAAGGCCUCAUGGAGCAUCCCAACAGCUGCCUUUUGUGGGUCAUCCGGGCGAGCCUCAUGGCAGCUGGAUCGCCGCCACCCAGCCACAUCAUUCCCCGCCCUCGGGUCCACCGUGAGGUCUCCCCCGCCCGCAGGGAAGCGGCCGCCCAUUAUCCGUUGAUGUCUUCUGAGGCCCACGAUCGCAGGCGGAGCGAGUCGGUGUACGAGAGGGCCCGCAGCUCCACGUCGGUCCGCAGCCACAGUGCCUCGCCGCGGCGGCGGUCUUCUCAGAGGGGAUCGAGACUCGUGCAGCACCACACAAGGACGAUGGAAGCUGUCCCGGAUGUGCCCACCUACUUCGACUACACGCCCAAGGACUCCAUGAAUGCAGCCAACACUCCUGCAAAGGUGAGACAGACAGACAGACAGACAGACAGAUCAACUGAUGGGCUGCAAUCAAAUCGAUGAAUGGGAUGCGCCUGUGGGUGUGGUGUGGUGUCUUGCUAUCCCUGUCGGUUGGUUGCUUCAGCUUGCGGUUGAGACUUUGUGUCCUCCUGGCGGCGUUGCCCCCUCCCUUGCCGACAGCGGUGCAGUGUGGCAGCAGCCCGUCCCUCCCGACUACAGCACACAGGGCAAUGCAGGAGUGGCGUCGGGCGAGCAUGGCCCCGAUGAUGCGUCCUUGUGGCUGCUCAAGGCAGGCCUGGCCAGGCGUGUGGGCGCGCCCGAUGCACAGGCUAUACAAAGGGCCAAAGCACACACGCCAGCACAGACGCAGACACACGGUAGGUACGGUGAGUGAGUGGGAAACUGAGGGAGGGAGGGACACAUGCCAUGUGAGCGAGGAAUGAAUGAGGAUGUCUUAGGUACUUUCUGUACGUUAUUGUCUGUCUGUCUGCUGGGUGUUCUCAAUGUUGGUCAGAGUCUUUGGGUGUCAUGUACGAGUGCUGCUGGCUGGAUGCCUCGGAGGGUCGUGUGAAGGACGCCCUGUACAGCCUGGACCAGCUGCUGGUGCUCCACCCACACCAUGCACCCGGCCUGCUGCUCAAGGCCAGGCUGCUCAUGGCCUCCCCUCACAGCGACGAAACUGCUGCAGCCGCCGCAUCGUCACUUAUACAACAAACCCUCAACAUAGACGACAUGUGAGAAACCAAACAACCUACCGCACAAGGAGGUGCGGUGCAUCCAUCGCUGGCUGGCUGGCUGGCUGAAUGCGGGUCGUGUCACGUGUGUCGUGUGUGUGUUAGGUGGUCGGCUCCGCAUUUCGCAUCCGCCGAGGUGUUGGAGGCCGAUGAUCUGUAUGAGGAUGCCUUUGAUGCACUGCAUGUGGGCUACUGCGUCAAGCAGCUCUCACCACCCCUCACAUACGACAUAUUCCCGGUGGCGUUUGGCUGCUAGAGCCUCUCGUGUGCGGCGGUCGUGUAAUGAGUGUUUUGUCAGUGAGGGCUUGCAGCGGGGGUGGG